ACCGGGAGCUAGGAGUGGUCCGGAACCCAAGGGUGGGAAGGGCGAGUCUGUCUGGCUUUUCUCCUCUCCGACUUCUUUUCCCUCCUCCUUCUCACUUGGGUGCUGGCGAGUGCUGUGAGCCAUGAAGGGAAGAGCGUGGACUCUGCAGCGGACAGCUCUCGCCUUCCUUUGCGCUUGGUGUGCGCUGAAUAGUGUAGGAGCCAAGAGGCAGUUUGUCAAUGAAUGGGCGGCAGAGAUCCCCGGGGGUCCGGAGGCAGCCUCAGCCAUCGCAGAGGAACUGGGCUAUGACCUCUUGGGUCAGAUUGGAUCACUUGAAAAUCACUAUCUGUUCAGACAUAAAACACACCCCCGAAGGUCCAGAAGGAGUGCCCUUCAUAUUACUAAGAGAUUAUCUGAUGAUGACCGGGUGAUCUGGGCCGAACAACAGUAUGAAAAAGAGAGAAGCAAACGUUCAGCUCCAGGAGACUCUGCACUGAACCUCUUCAAUGACCCCAUGUGGAAUCAGCAGUGGUACCUGCAAGACACUAGGAUGACUGCAGCCCUGCCCAAGCUGGAUCUCCAUGUGAUACCUGUUUGGCAAAAAGGCAUUACAGGCAAAGGAGUUGUGAUCACUGUCCUGGAUGACGGCCUGGAGUGGAACCAUACAGACAUUUAUGCCAAUUACGAUCCAGAAGCUAGCUAUGAUUUCAACGAUAAUGACCAUGAUCCAUUUCCCCGAUAUGAUCCCACAAAUGAGAACAAACACGGGACCAGAUGUGCAGGAGAGAUUGCCAUGCAAGCCAACAAUCACAAGUGUGGAGUGGGAGUGGCCUACAAUUCCAGAGUCGGAGGCAUAAGAAUGCUGGAUGGCAUUGUGACCGAUGCCAUCGAGGCCAGUUCCAUUGGAUUCAAUCCCGGCCAUGUGGAUAUUUACAGUGCUAGCUGGGGCCCUAAUGAUGAUGGGAAGACUGUGGAGGGACCUGGCCGACUAGCCCAGAAAGCUUUUGAGUAUGGUGUCAAACAGGGGAGACAAGGGAAGGGCUCCAUCUUCGUCUGGGCUUCGGGGAAUGGGGGCCGCCAGGGGGACAACUGUGACUGCGAUGGCUACACCGACAGCAUCUACACCAUCUCCAUCAGCAGCGCCUCCCAGCAAGGCCUGUCGCCCUGGUACGCUGAGAAGUGCUCCUCUACACUAGCCACGUCUUACAGCAGCGGGGACUACACUGACCAGCGCAUUACCAGCGCCGACCUGCACAAUGACUGCACUGAGACCCACACGGGCACCUCGGCCUCUGCACCUUUGGCUGCUGGCAUCUUCGCACUGGCCCUGGAAGCCAACCCAAAUCUCACCUGGCGAGACAUGCAGCACCUGGUUGUCUGGACCUCUGAGUAUGACCCACUGGCCAAUAACCCUGGAUGGAAAAAGAAUGGGGCAGGCUUGAUGGUGAACAGUCGGUUUGGUUUUGGCUUGCUGAAUGCCAAGGCUUUGGUGGACUUAGCGGACCCCAGGACCUGGAGCGGCGUGCCUGAGAAGAAGGAGUGUGUUGUAAAAGACAAUGACUUCGAGCCUAGGGCCCUGAAAGCUAGUGGAGAAGUUAUCAUUGAAAUUCCAACAAGAGCUUGUGAAGGACAAGAAAACGCUAUCAAGUCCCUGGAGCAUGUGCAGUUUGAAGCAACAAUUGAAUAUUCCCGUCGAGGAGACCUCCAUGUCACACUAACUUCUGCUGCUGGAACCAGCACUGUACUGCUGGCUGAGAGAGAGCGGGACACAUCCCCUAAUGGAUUUAAGAACUGGGAUUUCAUGUCUGUUCACACGUGGGGAGAGAAUCCUACAGGGACCUGGACUUUGCGAAUCGCAGACAUGUCUGGGAGAAUGCAGAAUGAAGGCAGAAUUGUCAACUGGAAGUUGAUCCUGCAUGGGACCUCGGCUCAACCUGAGCACAUGAAACAGCCCCGGGUGUACACAUCCUAUAACACGGUGCAGAACGACAGGAGAGGGGUGGAGAAGAUGGCAGAUGCCCGGGAGGAGCAGCCCACCCAGGAGAACCCUGAUGAGAAGACCCCGGUGGCCAACAGUCCCAGCAGCAUCAGUGUUGGCAAUCGAAGGGAUGAACUGGCAGAGGGAACCCCUUCCGAGGCCAUGCUGAGACUCCUGCAAAGCGCUUUUAGCAAAAACUUACCUCCAAAGCAAGCUCCGGGGGCAAAGCUCAGCAUCCCUUACGAGAAUUUCUACGAAGCCCUGGAAAAGCUCAACAAACCCUCGCGACUGAAAGACCCUGAGGACAGUCUGUAUAAUGACUAUGUGGAUGUUUUCUACAACACAAAACCUUACAAGCACAGGGAUGACCGGCUGCUCCAAGCUCUCGUGGACAUCCUGAGAGAGGACAACUGACUGUGGUUGGGUGGCCCCCAGUUGGAAAUAUUCAGGCACCUUCCUUCCCCAUAGAGUUUUUCCUUGUGUCCAAAGUG